AUGGCGGACAUGGGCAUUGAAACGACAGAGGACCCUCUUCACUGUCCAGCAUUUACCAACAGACCCUCAAAAAACAUCCUCAAAGACGAACAAUGGAAACGCCAUUCUCUAUACCACAAUCAGAGCGAGGAGGAAUUUGGACCUGCCAUUUGGCGUGCCGAAUGCCUCUGUGGAAAGAACAUUUACCUUCUCAAACAAGAUAAGCCUCUGAACGCCAAAUUUUGUCAUUGCCGUGGAUGUCAGAUCACCCAUGGUGCACCCUUCCAAUGGGCUUCUAUCUUCCAUAAACAUGAUAUGCUGUUUACCAGUGACUCUGGUGGAUUGGUUUUCUAUUCUGCUACGCAUCAAUCCCAGGAAUAUGGUCUGCCAACCAAGGUAUCCUGUUCCAAUUGCCGCACGCUCAUCAUGGAUGAAGAACGCAAUGUCUGUCUCAUCUUCCCUCAAUUGAUUGUACUUGAGGGAACGGACGAUGAGCAAAGAGUGAAAAGAGAAGCGUUCAAACCAACAUGUCAUAUUUUCUAUGAAUCCUUCCUCAAAAAGAAAAGAGAUGCCCAGCUUGAUGCGGAGCAAGAUUCUUCUGGACAAAAGUCGACCUGGCGCAGCGUCUACAGUCUGAUGCGAUGCGCUCUAUCGACAUGCCCUUCGGGUGGGGCAGAUCCAGUAGGGAAAAAACACUACCAACUUAACACGUAUCAUCUGAGACGUUUGGUUACAUACGUUGAAAAAGGUGGGAUUUUGGAUGGCCAUAACGAUGUGCCAGAAGCGGUACGCGAAGAAUUAUAUAUGGAAGAGCAACAACGACAAGAGAACAGCAGCCGCAAAGGAGGCCAUUUUAUUGGAAAUGGAGUACCGUAUCCUCCUAUCAAUAUUAAUGUCCUGCUGUCGCAGUCUUCCGCCCCCGGGAUAGACAUCUCGGGUGCCCAGGCUGCUGCGGACUUGACGUCUCUAAGCCCGCUCGAGAUACCUGGACCCAGGGAUGAAGCGGUCAAAGAAUAUGGUGAGUGGCAGGUAUCAAAUGUCACUGAUGAUCCCCUCAAGGCUGCAUUUCGACAAAUUUGA